AUGCUAAAUCGGUCAGUCAACACAUCGACUGCAUCGCUCAUCACUAAAUCCGUCUUUGGCACCUACCCUCCACUGCCCGCCACACCCUCUCAACACCAGCAAGGAUCCACCUCGCUCUCUAUCUUUAAACCGACCUAUCGCAUCAACACCUAUGGCAACAACAGUGGCACUAACAACAACAGGCAUUCGGCUCAUUUCAACAAUGACUUUGCCCAGUCUUUCUCUGUCAUGAACCCGCCCUUUCAAUCGCCCAACGUUUCACCUCGUGGCUCUUUUUCGGGAGGCGAGAACGCACCCAAUGGAAUCUAUGUCACUCCCGGUGCCAGCGGUUCCACAAGCACUAAUGUUGGACACUAUGGAGCACGUCUUUCGAACGAGAAAAAGAUGCAGAUUACAAUUGCAGUCGCCGACAUUCUGGAGCGCAAGGACUUUAUCCUUCGACUCGCAAAGUCGCUAAUCAAAUACGGAGCCCCUUCUCACCGACUGGAGGAUGCAGUCGACCAUGCUGCCAAGACACUCGAGAUCAACCUGCAGUGCAUCUAUCUCCUCAACCUUAUGAUCGUCUCUUUCAUUGACUCUGAAACACACACUUCUGAGACUUACUUGGUUAAGGUCCCUGCCGGUUUGGACAUGUACAAGUGUGCAUUGGUCCACCAGGUCCAAAAGAUGGUCACCCAUUCAUCCAUGCCUGUCGAGGAAGCUAUCAUGAAGCUGGAUACCAUCAACACCGAGAAGAACGCCAACGGUCGCUGGAUCACUGUCCUGGCUUAUGCCGUUGCUGGAUUCUGCACAGCGCCCAUGUUCUUCAAGGCCAACUGGAUCGACGCCAUUAUCUCGUUCUUUAUGGACGCUACAGUCGGUCUUUUGGUCUGGCUGUCAGAAAAGGUCCCUAGAUACGCACACAUUUGCAACAUCACCAUGUCUGCCUUAGUGGCCUUUGUCGCCGAAGCCCUUCGCCAACACAACGUCUGCACAUCCGCAAUCAAGUUUGCAGGCAUUAUCAUCAUCCUCCCAGGUUUCACCAUCACCUGCUCCAUCCUUGAACUCAGCUCGCGCCACAUCAUCUCGGGAUCAGUCCGAUUGUUUUAUGCAGUCGUGUUUUCGCUCUUGCUCGGAUACGGUUUGACGAUCGGCGCAUCCCUCUGGUCACUGUUUGACCACUAUACCCGUGACGACGAAUCCAAAUUCUCGGCAGAAUGCCCCAACGCCCCACUGAUCCCGCUCUGGAACAUCCUCUUUGUCCCAUUCUUUGCCAUCUCCCUCAAUGUCUGGCUCAAGGCCCACCCACGCCAAUGGCUCCUCGCUACCAUCCUUUCCAUUGUUGGAUACGCUGUGUCCUACACCUCCUCCGUCUACGGUGGCGUCAAAACCGAAGUCUCCUCCGCUGUUGCUGCAUUCGCGAUCGGUCUCUGCGGAAACAUCUACCAACGCCUCACUCGUCAAUUGACCUUCCAGGCUGUUGUCUGUGCAGUGUUCUUUUUGGUGCCCGGGUCGAUUGGUCUUGAGGGUGCGAUGGCUUGGUUUACGGAGGAUAUGUCGGGUGGAAUGAAUUUCGCACUACAGAUGGUUGUUACUGCGAUCGCCAUCAGUGUUGGGCUGUUUACAUCAGCACUGGCUAUUUAUCCUAUGGGCAAGACUCGGUCUGCUCAAAUGACUUUUUAG